AUGAAACGAUCCGCGCCUCCAGCAGGUUCCAUAUCACCGCCUCUUGUCAAACGCAAGAUCGAAUCCACCACCACAAACAGGGCGGUGGCCAGUUUCUUCAAACCGGCCUCACAAAAAGAGCCAGAGAAAAUUGUUUGGCGGACUGUUGAGAACAGCCUCGUCAUUGGCAGAUAUGACGCAUCCAACCCGUCGCCUCAACAGCGUACCUUGCCUGUGAAGAUCGCUGCCUUCGAUCUUGAUGAUACGCUUAUCGUUCCUAACCAGGGGAAAACAUGGCACAGGUCUGCCACCAGCUGGAAAUGGUGGGAUGCAUCUGUGCCUGGCAGACUGAAGUCUCUCCACGAUGAAGGCUACCUCGUCGUUAUUCUCAGCAACCAGUCUACGGUCAGCCUGAAAGACAACAAGAAAUUACUGCAAAAGGACAUGGCGAGCCUCACCAACUUUAAGAGCCAGCUCAGUGCUGUCCUCCACCAGCUGGACUUGCCGAUCAGUGUCUAUGCCGCAACGGGCCAGGACAAAUAUCGGAAACCGCGGAUUGGUAUGUGGGAGGCCGUCUUAGGGGAUUACGAUCUACGAGCCGAGGGGGCUGUCGAUAUGACGAAGUCAUUCUAUAUCGGUGAUGCUGCUGGUAGAGAGAAGACCGAUAAGCGGAGAAAGGAUCAUGCUACGUCCGACAGCAGAGACCUUGCGGCCAACAUAGGCAUCAAGUUCCAGACACCGGACGAAUAUUUCCUCAAUGCGCCCCCGGAGCCAUACGACCACGUCUUCGAGCCCAGUAGAUAUCUCCAGUCCAUCCAAGCCGCUGAGCCCACCACAAAUGGUGCAGCAGGUGCUGCUGUAUCUGCACCCUUCACCAAGGACAGCAAACAAGACAUGGUCAUCUUUUGCGGAAGCCCUGGCGCUGGGAAGAGCACAUUCUUUUGGGACGUCCUCCAACCCCUCGGCUAUGAGCGCGUCAACCAGGACAUAUUGAAGACACGCGACAAAUGCAUCAAGAGAGCGAGGGAGCUUCUGGAAUCAGGGGCGUCCGUGGCAAUAGAUAAUACCAACGCGAACAUUGAAACCCGAUCGCACUGGGUCAAACUCGCCCGCGAAUUUAACGUCCCUAUCCGCUGUGUGCGUUUCACAGCCUCGACACGCCUUGCGGAGCAUAAUGAUGCCGCCAGAGCCCUGAAUCCAGAUAUAAUGAACCCUGAGAAUCGAUCUCAACUUCCCGGCAUCGCAUUCCGCUCUUUCCUACAAAGACUCCAGGAACCUACCCUUGAUGAAGGCUUCCAAGAUAUCUACAAGGUCGAUUUUGAGUUUAAGGGCACCGACGAGCAAAGGAAGCUCUGGUCGAGAUACUGGGUAUCGAAAUAUUCAACGUGA